GUGAGGGGACACACUUCUCUCAGUCUCUCUGGGCGAGUGGAGGUGAACACAUCGUGUACAGCGAGGAGGGAGAUGGAAAUCUGUCUGACUUUUAUUCUUCUCUCAUCCACACUCACACUCACAGCAGCUGACAGUGUGAGGUUGGUGAAUGGAAGUCGCUGUGCUGGGAGAGUGGAGGUUCUUCAUGAUGGACAGUGGGGAACAGUGUGUCAUGAUGACUGGGAUAUGAGAGAAGCUGCAGUGGUGUGUAGAGAGCUGGGCUGUGGGGAGCCUGUAAAUGUGCGGUAUUGGGCUCACUUUGGACGAGGAUCAGGACCAGUCUGGAUGAAUGAUGUGGACUGUAGAGGACCAGAGUCGACACUGAAGAACUGUAGUUCAGCAGAGUGGGGGAAAAAUUACUGUGAUCAUAUUGGUGAUGCUGGAGUCACCUGCUCAGAAAAUGAACCUGAUGGCACCAUUACAGCUGAUCAGAAGACAGUUAUACAGACAGACAGUUUGAGGUUGGUGAAUGGUGGAAGUCACUGUGCUGGGAGAGUGGAGGUUCUUUAUGAUGGACAGUGGGGCACAGUGUGUAGUUCUGCCUGGGAUAUGAAAGAUGCUGCAGUGGUGUGUAGAGAGCUGCGCUGUGGGGAGGCUGCAGAUCUGCGGUACUGGGCUGAGUUUGGACGAGGAUCAGGAGAAAUCUGGAUACAUGACUUAUACUGUAGAGGAUCAGAGUCGACACUGAACAACUGUAACUCACAAGGAAAACAUAACUGUGAUCAUGCUCUUGAUGCUGGAGUCAUCUGCUCAGGUCACAGAAAGCCGAGACUCGCUACUGGUCCUCACCGGUGCUCUGGGAGAGUGGAGGUGUUUCAUGGAGGUUCCUGGUCCACAGUGUGUGAUGCUGACUUUGACCAGCAGGAUGCAGAGGUUGUGUGUCGAGAGCUGGGCUGUGGGAUUCCUGUGGAGGUGCUGGGAUCAGCUGCUUUUGGCCGAGGGGAGGGUCAGGUGUGGACAGAGGAGCUUCAGUGUAGAGGCAACGAAUCUGAGAUUACCUUCUGUCCAACAUCAUCUUCACUCAAACUCUCAAACUGCUCCCAUUACAACGAUGUGGGAUUAAUAUGUUCUGGUCACACAGAGGCUCGGCUGGUGAACGGAUCGGACUCCUGUUCUGGUCGAGUGGAGCUCCAGUACCUCGGUGAGUGGGGCACAGUUUGUGCUGUAGGCUGGGAUAUGAAAGCUGCAGAUGUUCUCUGUGCACAGCUGGAUUGUGGGAGUGCUGUGGCUGUGGUGGAGGUGGACUGGUUUGGGGAGGGGAGUGGCCACAUCUGGGCUGAUGUGUUUGAUUGUCAGGGGAAGGAGACACACCUAUCACAAUGUGGCAUCUCAUCAUGGAGUCGAGCUGCAUGCUCUCAUAAACACGAUGCUGGAGUCAUCUGUAACGGAUCAUCCGUGGCGUUUCAUGAGGGGCGAGUGCAGUUGUCUGGAGGGAGCGAGUGUCAGGGGGAGGUGGAGAUUUAUUUCAGGCAGGACUGGAGGAGAGUUCUCCUGGACUCGUGGAGUCUGUCUGAGGCGUCUGUGCUCUGCAGACAGCUGGGCUGUGGCUCCGUGCUGAACUACCGCUCCUCUCCAUCCACCACUGAACACAAACACAUGUGUGUAACGGGUUUCAGCUGCUCUGGGAGUGAAGCUCAUCUGGGGAACUGCAGCAGUGCACAACCUGUCAACUGCAGCUCCGGGGAACAGCUGUACAUCACCUGCUCAGCCCACAGCUCCAUCAGGCUGGUUGGUUCUGGGGGAGACUGUGCAGGAAGGCUGGAGGUUUUCCACAGCGGCUCGUGGGGGACAGUGUGUGAUGACUCGUGGGAUAUUGAGGAUGCGCAGGUGGUGUGCAGACAGCUGCAGUGUGGAGAGGCCCUCAGUACCCACAUACCAGCCUGGUUUGGUCCUGGAACUGGGUCCAUAUGGCUGAAUGAGGUGGAGUGUGAGGGGAACGAGACGUCCCUGUGGAACUGCAGAUUUCAGCUGAGUGAAGAGGGAGAAUGUGGACACCAUGAGGACGUAGGAGUCGUGUGCUCAGAGUUUAAAGAGAUCCGACUCACGGAGGGCUGUGAGGGGAAUCUGGAAGUGUUCUACAAUGGAACCUGGGGUAAUGUGUGUCACAAUCAGAUGGAGCUGGAGAUAGAAACAGCAAAUAUGGUGUGUCAAGAGCUGAACUGUGGAAGUCUCAAGAGUUUGGACUCAGCCAGAGGGAGAGUUGAAUCUGCUCCUAAUUGGCUGGAUCAUGUGAAAUGUAGGAAACACGACUCUAAUCUGUUAAAGUGUCCAUCUUCACCCUGGGGACAGAACAACUGUGAUAGUCGUAGUGAUGAGGUGGUUCAUAUUACCUGCACAGAAGAUGGAACGUCUCUACGUACUCAUGGGACCUGCUCUAAAUUUCCUCUUCAGAAAUACUGCUCAAAGCACUGGCCUCUCAGGCUGAGUGGAGGAAAGGGAAGCUGCUCUGGGAGGUUGGAGGUGUAUCAUAACGCUACGUGGGGCUCCAUUUGUGAUGAUCAGUGGAACAUCAGGAACGCUCAGGUGGUGUGCAGACAGCUGGGCUGUGGGUCGGCGCUGAGUGCUGAUAGGAAUGUUCCGUUUGGUGCUGGUGAAGGGACUAUCUGGCUGAACAGAGUGAAGUGUCGAGGGGAUGAGAUUCACCUGUGGGACUGUCAUCAUUCCCUGAAGAAACACACUGACUGCUCUCAUGCUGGAGUCACCUGUGCAGACAUAUCCACCAUGUCCAAUACUGCUACACCCACAACAACCACCACCACAACCACCACCACCACAACAACCACCAAAUCAGUAAGAGCCGCUUCAAAUCCCACAUCACCUGGAGCUCCAUCCACCCCUCCACUGGUUCUCGUUGUGUUGGGAACGCUGCUCUUCCUGGCCUUAGUGCUUCUGCUGGUACUGUUUUACCAGAACAGAGUGCUCAGGAGAGUUGUCUCUAAGAGGAGGCGUAAGACUCAGCCUGAGGCAGUCUAUGAAGAGAUCAACCACAGAUACAUCACUAGAAGAAGCACGAGCUCCAGUCAAAGAGGAAGUCUCCUCUCUGAAGAACAGCAUUCUGGGUAUGAGCAUGUGGAUGAUGAGCUUCUCUCAGUAAAGUCUGGGAUUGGAGAAAAGGCUGAGUAUUAUGAUGAUGUGAUCGACACCAGUGACUUCAUAAGUGAUACAGGAAGAGUUGACCCACCAGAGGACUACGAUGAUGCCGUCACUGCUGGACCGAUCCCUGAUAACGUGGAUGAGGAUGAAGCAGAGAAUUAUGAUGACGCCAUUACAGCUGAUCAGAAGUCAGUUAUACUGACAGAGGACGUGUCCGAGAACUAUGAUGAUGCAGUUACCACGGAAACGAACCCAAACAUCAUCACAGACAGUCCAGAAGAUUAUGAUGUUGUCAUCACUGAGGAACAGGAUGUAGGAGAGACAGAAGAAUAUGAUGAUGUGGAGGAGAAAUCUCAGAAAGACAGGGACCAUGUGACUGAGACACGCCACCAAAGGCCUUUUCUCAGGAAAUUACACUUUUUUAAACGCAAAAAAUGAUUUUAUUUUACUUCCAAAAAUGUCAUGUUUUCUGAACUGUGUUCAUUUUCCCCCUAGUUAUUAGCAAAUAGAGCAGGGAGAGUUAAAUCACCUUUCAUAUUACCUAAUGCAAUGUCUCCAGCUUUUCUUUUACAACACUUUUUAUUUCUUAAAACAUCACUUUAUUCAUUUUUUUAAAAAGACACAAAUUACCUUUAUGUUCAAUGCUAUUCUUUUAGCUAUAAACCAUAGUUGAACUGGAUUAGAGAAUUCUGUUCUGCUCAUUAUCUGGUCAUGGUGUAUAGCUGCCACCUAGUGGCCAUUUUCAAUAUUGCAGUUUUGUUAUUCUUCCAUACGCUGUGUUGAUUUAGUUCGGUAACAGUCAACAUGCAGCAUCGGCUUCAAUUCAGCUCACAAACAGUCGUUGCAUUGGAGAAAGAUAUGCCUGUAAGUUUGCUGACUAUUUGUAAGCGAUCUAUAAGAGUGUUAUGUGGUAACAUAAUAUUACUUCUUGAAAGUGAAGUUUGUGAUCGAUGAAAUUUGAUAAUGUGAGAAAGUUUUCCAUCACAUCUAUAUGCACGUGCAGACUGUACGCAUUCAUAUACAUAUGUAUAUCAAACGAAUUAAUGUACAAUUUGUAAUUUCAUUUCUUGUUUACUGUAUUACGGCUUUACAAAAAAAAGGAAAAGAGCAAUCCCAGAAGUAAACAUUCUGGAAAGGAUAAACUAUUUUUGUGUGUUUGUUAGCUAGCUGUCUAGCUUCUUCGGAGUGAUGCAGUUGAGAGGACAGCAUAAAUUCCUUUAUGAAAUAUUCAUACUAUGUCAUGCUAAUUAGAUAGCUUGCUAUAUUGCAUUUUUU